CCAAACUACCCGCCUAUAGCUCUUGAGUGUGUUAACGACCACGUUCGACUCCCUUGCCAAAGUCAAUUUCUCUUCGUAUUUCACGAGCUUCGCCUUCUCCUCGCCGUCAAGAUGAUCACCAAGUUUAUGACUGAGGUUUCGGCCAAAUUCAACCCGUUCUCUGCCUGCGCAAAGCCAGCUCGUCUGUUUCUCACAUUUCUGCCUCCGAAUGCCCGAGCGAAUGGAACGACAAUCACAUCAACCAUCCUACCCCGAACUUCAAAAGAGCCCAGCUCCCUACGAGUGAAAUUUAAGGAUGGCAAGGAGCUCAACUUCGACUGCCAAAAGAUCAACAUUAAAGGACUGGUCGAGGAAGUAGACCGACAUUCGCGUCAACUGCAGAAGGCAGCCGACUUGACCGAUUAAAAUAUGUGAAAAACACCGCUAUACUGUAACACUCUGCACAAACGGCGUUUAGGAAACGACUCAUGUACAUUUACGAACCCCAACAUGGCAUAGCAGGGAUUGAGGGUCUUGUAUA